UUUAUGAGUAAAAGUGAAUCCCUCUAAAACUUCCCCUGCUCACGGCUGCUUAGAAAGAGUCCUGUUCAAGAGCUGCUGAGCUGGGCAUCGAGUCUUCAUAGCCUCCUUGCCAUUUUCCACAGGCACAUUCCUUUCAGACUAUAGUUCUGCUUUCUUCCAAAGAUUUUCAAGAUGAACAAGUGUCUUCUUCUAGGCUUUUCCGUUCUGGUCUUAUCAACAGUUGCACAAGGUCUGGUUUGCAAAGUAUGCAAAUUCAAAUUUGGAGGUGUCUGCUACAAUUCUGAUGACCCUUGUAGAGCUGAACAUGGCCAGUUCUGUGAGACAACCAAAGUUUACUCAGGCCACAUACGUCUCUUCACAAAAUAUGGCUGCACCAAAAGCGCAGAGCUUUGCAACACGACUGAGCGGAGGGACAACGUUUUUGACAUGUCCUACAACCGCACCUGCUGUGACAGUGACUUAUGCAACGGGGGAGUGGUCAGCAAUCCUAGCUUCCCACUCUUAGCUGGCCUCGGCAUGGCAUUGGGCUGGUGGGUAGCCCAUUAACGCUGGCAUUGAUGCCUUUUCCCUCUUAUCCUUUUGACCCAAACUGGGCAAGGUAUAGAUGUGUCAUGACCAUCAACAUGGGUCAGUGUUUCUCAAACUGUGCUCCUCCAGUUAUUUUGGAUUUCAGCUCCCAGCAAUCCUAGUCAUCUUACUAGCUGUUAUGAAUUAUGGGAGCUGAAGUCCAAAACAUCUGGAGGAGCACAGUUUGAGAAACUCUGACAUCGGCUAUCACUCUUGGCUGAGUAUGAUUGGGUCAUGGACUCCCUUUUCAAUUUACUAACUCACCUGCCCAGCUGGUUGCUGCUCCAAGCCAUAUCAACAAUAUUGCUAUCACAACUGUUCCUUCUUCUCCCUUCCCCAAAACCCUGUGAAAUCAACCUCAUUUGGUCUUACAGGGCUCUAUACAGGGAAACACUGCCACUUCUUCCAUAAUUCACUUAGGUCCUUAUCACACUGUACUAUUAUUCCACUCUAACUGCCAGGGCAACAUCCUAUGGAAUCACAGGACUUGCAGUUUAGGGAUGGGACAGCUGGAAUUUUUAGCCAGAGAACCCUUGGGACUCAUUUAAAUUACACAUCCCACAAUUCCAGGGCAGUUUAAAGUGGAAUAACUGUGCCAUAUAAAUGAAGUGUGGCAACAAUUUUAAUCAAAUUGAACAAAUCUCCAGUUUUCCAUGGCUAUUUUGGGCUAGCACUAGUAGGUUUCUAUGCAGAGUUUACGCCCCGUGUCUGGCAUGGCUAUGAGUCAUCAAUGCUUCUUAUAGAUUUGCAGGCUUGCGAUUAGUGAUUUGGCUUGUCUUCUUACUCGCUGCCAUUCACAAAUGAACCACUUUUUGAAAAUCCAGGUAGUUUUGUCUAAAGCUCUGGUGUUACAGCCUCCUCUGUUUUAUUAAUGAUGAUAAUAAAACCAAUAAGAAAAAGA